GUGUGUCUCUCGCUCUCUCUCUCUGUCUCUCUGUGUGUCUCUCUGUGUGUCUCUCGCUCUCUCUCUCUGUCUCUGUGUGUCGCCGCCGUCCUCUCUGCCGCCGUCCUCUCUGCCACCAUGGCGAGGAUCGCCAAGGAGGUGUCGGGUCAGGUUCUGUGCUUCAUAGGCUUCGUGGGGGUGUGCCUGACCUGCGGGCUCCCUAUGUGGCGUUCCACCUCCUUCAUCGGCGCCAACAUCGUGACGGCGCAGACCAUCUGGGACGGGCUGUGGAUGAACUGCGUGAUGCAGAGCACGGGCCAGAUGCAGUGCCGCAUCCAGGACUCCAUCAUGCGCCUGACGCAGGACCUGCAGGCGGCGCGCGCCCUCAUCGUCAUCGCCAUCGUCAUCUCCUUCGUGGGCAUGCUGCUCACCUUCGUGGGCGGCCGCUGCACCAGCUGCCUGAAGAACGAGUCCAGCAUGGCCAAGGUGUCCAUCACGGGGGGCAUCCUCUGCAUCGUGGCCGGCGCCGUCUGCCUCAUCCCCGUCAGCUGGUCCGCCACCUUCACCAUCCAGGACUUCCAGAGCACGCUGACCACCGAGACCCAGAAGAGGGAGAUCGGAGCCGCCAUCUACAUCGGCUGGGGCUCCGCGGGGUUCCUCAUCCUGGGGGGCAUCCUGCUCUGCACCUCCUGCCCCAAGAACGACGGCCGCGACGGCACCUACCCGCAGCCACAGCCUAUGUACCCCUACAUGCAGCCGCCGGGCGUCUACGGUCCGGGCUCGUACAUGGCUCCCCCAAAGACCUACGCCCCCAGCGUGGCCUACACGGGCACAGGGUCGUAUAUGCCCAACAAACCCUACGCCAUGCCCAGGACGUACUCAGCCCCUCGCGGGCAGUAUCUCUGA